AUGGUAAACAAUAAUAAUAUUGGAGAGAAUAAGAACAAUGUUGUGGAUGAAACACAAAAAAAAUAUAGUUAUCCAAUCGAUACAGAAAACAAAGCAAUGAUAUUUCCAUUAUUUUCUGUAGAAAAACCUCAUAUGAGAGCAUUUCAUUUGAGUUGGUUUCAAUAUUUCACUUGUUUUGUAUGUACUUUCGCAGCUCCACCUCUGCUUCCAAUCAUCCGUGAUAAUCUCAACCUUACAGCCACUGACAUUGGCAAUGCCGGUGUUGGUUCCGUUGCGGGGGCGAUUUUCGCCCGUCUUGCCUUAGGUGCUGCCUGUGACUUAGCCGGCCCUCGCCUUGCGUCUGCUACUGUCUGUUUUCUAACUGUCCCUGCUGUUUUUCUCUCUUCUAUGGCUAGCUCACCGGCCGCCUUUUUUAUUAUGCGGUUUUUUACCGGAUUUUCUUUAGCCACUUUUGUGUCUACACAGUAUUGGAUGAGUUGUAUGUUUUCUCCUAAGGUUGUUGGCAUUGCGAACGGCCAGUCGGGUGGGUGGGGGAACCUCGGCGGAGGGGUGGCUAACCUUCUGAUGCCACUUCUAUACAGUUUUAUUUUAAAUAAUACUAAGGCUGACACGCCUUUUACAGCCUGGAGGGUUUCAUUUUUCUUGCCCGCUUUUUUGCAAAUGUUUUCAGCAUUUGCAGUCAUGCUAUUAGGCCAAGACCUUCCGGGUGGAAACUUUCUUAAGCUCCAAAAAUCCGGUGAAAUGCACAAGGACAACGCGAAGAAGAUUGUGUAUCACGCGGUCACCAACUAUAGGGGUUGGAUCACUGCUAUAGGAUACGGAUUCUGUUUCGGAGUUGAGCUAGCCGUAACAAACAUAAUUGUUUCCUACUUCUAUGACCGAUUUAAUCUUAACCUUAGCCUAGCAGGCAUUGUAGGUGCACUUUUUGGGAUGGUUAAUAUUUUCUCUAGGUCAUGUGGUGGAUUGUUCUCCGACUUCAUGGCAAAAAAGUACGGAAUGAGGGGGAGAUUGUGGGGGUGGUGGACUGUCCAGACACUUAGUGGUGUAAUGUGUAUUGUUAUGGGACGCCUUGACACUUUAGGCGCUACCAUUGCGGUCAUGUUGAUCUUUUGCUUUCUUGUUCAAGCUUCCGAAGGACUCACAUUUGGGGUUGUUCCCUUUGUCUCUAGGAGAUCAUUGGGUUUGGUUUCGGGGAUAUCAGGAGCAGGAGGAAACGUAGGUGCAGUGAUAUGUCAAGUAAUAUUCUUCAGAGGUUCACAAUUCAAACUAGAAGAUGGAAUAACAUACAUGGGUAUUAUAAUCAUUGUUACUACACUUAGCUUAUCUUCAAUAUAUUUCCCUCAAUGGGGCGGUAUGUUGGCUGGUCCGAAACCGGGUGUUACUGAGGAAGACUAUUACCUGAGGGAAUGGGAUGCAGAUGAGCAGGAACAAGGACUUCAUAAAGUAAGCAUGAAAUUCGCCGAAGGUUGUAGGAAUGAAAGAAGCUGUAAAGUUAAGUCUGUUCCGGUAGUAGAAGAGAGCACCCGUCCUGCGAUUGAUGUUGUGUAACUAUAUAUGCCUGCCUUGUGCUUUCAUCUAGAUCAAGUCCAAGUAAUUGAGUUCGUGAAAAUUGUGUACAACUUGCUGAUUGCAAAUGAAGCGUCUCUGAUCUAGAUUUAUUAGUCUUUCAUAGAAGGAUUAACAGAGGUGAUACUGAUGCUAUAAUGCUAGUAAUAGUAUACAGGAACAAUAGAGUUUCUAUUGUAUGCUGGAGUUGUGUUAAGUUGUAAUCUUUAGCUGCGUUGGUGUUUGUGUUUUCUUCCUUGAUGAGUAAUAAUAUUUUAUUUGCUAGAGGUUAAAAAAAAAGGUAAUGGUUAAGUAAUUAAUGGAAAUUUAACUCCUGAUUGAUUGUUUUUGAUUGGUGUUUUGACUCAAUUUUUUUUUUUUUUUUUUUUAAAACUUCAUACACAUGGAUUAAGACAUGAUUAUGUUGAUACAACAAUGCUUGGUACUAGCUCAUAUGAGAAAUUGAGAAGUUUUACUCAUUAGUCUUACUCUUACAUGUCACUAGUUUUCGUCAUGCUUGUUUUGAAGGGCUUAAAACGGACCUAAUCCAUGUAUGAAAAUGUUGUUUGACAUGUAAAAUAGCUUGGGUGUGAUAUCCAAAAUGAUCAAAACCGCCAACAUUUAGUGUGAAUGAUGGACAACCAUAUCCUUAGUACUUCACCACUAUCUUCCCUCUUGUCACCAAUCACUAAUACCUUGACACCACCACCACCCCAAUUGAUGACGACAAACACCACGAUCACCACAUUGAUCGACGACGACCACCACCACUACCCUGACCGGCGACCCACCACAUCCCCCUCAAAGAUAACCCACCUCCUUCCCUCACCAGUGGAAAGGUGGUUUUUUUUUGUUUUUCUUUUCUGGCAACUGUACCAAUCGGAGCCCAAAAUCGGUUACCGUGCGCAAUAACCGGAGCCCAAAACCGGUUACCGAUUUUGGGCGCGGUAACUGGUUUUGGGCUUCUG